GAAACAAAAGACUGAAAAUUGUAAAACUACUUGUUAACAACGGUUUUUCCAAAAGGAAUUUGCAUUGAAUCAUCGCCAUCAUCAUGGGUGCCAUCUUAUCAACGAAUAGAGAAAGCCAAGAUCGCAGGAGUCUGUGUGUUCCAUGCCGGAGUGUCUGCUACAAAUGUAACGUUCCCUUUGAAACAAAAAUGAGUUUAAAACAACACAUGGAAGAAGUCCAUGCCGAAACAUCUUACACGUGUGAUUAUUGCAAUUCAAUCAGCAGUACUUGGUUUACGUUUGAACAACAUAUUUAUGGAUCUCACAACAACAUGAUAUUUUGUACUUAUUGCUAUAAAGCGUAUAGCGAUUAUUCGAAUUUCCGUCUGCAUUGGAGAACGCAUGAACCGUUUGAGUGCGAGAGAUGUAAAGAUACGUUUGUUACUGUAAAAAAUUUGUUAGAACACUGUGUGGCAACACAUCGGAAGAUAUCAUAUCUACAAAUGUUUUUUCAACUUUUUAGAAGAUAA